UGUCAACACUGUCACUCAAAUGAGCAAGCAAAAUUUUUGUUUUGAUUUUGAAAGCGCUUUAAGUUUUGUUAAAAAUGUGCGAAUUUGUAACAAAAGACGAUGUGGGCUUUAAUAAGCAAUUUGUGGCAGAUAUAUGUGGCAUUAAAACUGAAUUUGUGUAUCACAACUUUGCCAACAAGUGGAUGUUGUUCAUAACACAGCUGGGCAAGCUGCCGGCGCUCUACAAUGUGGCGUUCGAUGUAAAGCGCGAUGAACGCGUUAUACCCUAUCUGCAUGGACCCAUAGACAACCCAGAGCAACAUGUAUCCGUGCCCGUAACUAUGAACUGCUGCCUGGGCAGGGAUACAGAUGAAAUGCGCGGCGCCAUACAGUUUCUGGUAAACAAAACAGGACUCAGCAAAUGCCCCAAGGAGGUCAUGAUUGCGCUAGGACUCAAGCAGCUGGAGCGUGAUGAGCUACAAGCAGUGGCCAAAGUGCUGCAGGAAAUGAUAUUUUAGCUUGUAAACAUAGAACUAAACUAAUAUAAAACAAUGCACAACAAUGUUUA